AGCUAUUUCAGUGGAAGCAGCUGGAGAAUUUGUACUUCAGAGAGAAGAAAUUUGCAGUGGAAGUUCACGAUCCCCGCAGAAUAACUGUGUCAAGGAGAACCUUUGGACAGAGCAGUUUUGUAGUUCAGACCUGGUAUGCCAGCAAUUCUCUGAUCAAGUCCAUAUGGGUGAUGGCAAUUAGUCAACAUCAAUUCUACCUGGACAGAAAGCAGAGCAAAGCAAAAAUUCCAAGCGCACGCAGUCUGGACGAACUUGCUAUGGACCUGACGGAAAACAGCACAAGCCGAAUUUCCAAAAUGGUGGACGGGAAAAAUCCAGUGAUCAUGGCCAGCAGUGGUAGCUUAAUCUCUUCAGGUUCCAUAGACUCAGAAGUCAGCGAGGAGCAAAAAGUGGAGAAAAUCCAAGAGUUAAAGAAGAAAGAGAGAGAUUUGCAGGAAGUGCUGCUGAAAAAAAUUGAAGAGCUGAAGAAAAUAUGUAUGCGGGAGGCGGAGCUGACUGGGAAACUACCAUCAGAAUAUCCACUGAAUCCCGGUGAACAGCCACCAAAUGUCCGGAGGAGAAUGGGCGCCACAUUUAAACUGGAUGACAACAUUCUUCUGAGCGAAGAGGAAUCCGAUAUAAAAAAUCUGGAGCACAAAUUUCUCAUCCAGCAGCAAAUGGUAGAAGCUACAAAGAAACUUCUGAUGGAGCCCGACCUGAGCAAGAAUGUCAAAAGGAAAAGGAAGCAGGACUACAGCGACUCCAUUAAAAGGUUACAGGACAUAGAAAGUGCAAUCAAUGAGUACAGAGUGAAGAGCGGGAAGGAUCCAACAAAGAGGGCCUCUCUGCUUAUACAAGAUGACAUCAUCCCGUCAGAAAGCAGUUCCUUAUCUGAUACAACCACAUUUGAUGAUGAUGAAGCUCUUUAUCUGCAAGGGCAGAGGUCCUGUUCCCUACAGAAUUCUCCUAAAAAUCCGACCUCCAAAAUCCCAGGGAGACAGAAGCCUCUCUAGAAAGUCUUCCCUCAACGAGCAGUUUUCUGAUAUGAGGAUGUCAAGUCACAGAGAGCCAACAUCAACGCACAGCAGCCCUUACAAGACGGCUGAGCGGAAGCCUCAUGGGGGAAGGAGCGUACCUUCAACGCCUGUGCUGACACGAAACGCCUACAGCAGCAACCACCUCCAAAAUGAAGGUUUAAGCUACGAAAGCAGGCAGCGCCGCGGCAGUCUGGAGUCACAUACGCCCCUUGUUGAUUCUAUUGAUGGAAGCGCCACAUUUUUGCUUUCCAAGAGCCAGCGAAGCAACAGUACGGAGAUCCUAGAUGAUGGUUCCUCUUACACCAGUCAGUCUAGCUCGGAGUAUUACAGCACUCCACCAAAACAAAACCACUGCUACACGGCUCAGACCCUGGAUAACCGCUCCCGGGAUAGGAGACGGCACAAAAAACAGAACUUCUCAGCGGCCAACACGGGUAGCAUGCCGAAUCUGGCACACAAGGACACUCGCAACAGUGUUUACCAAAUAGCCCAGAACCAGCCAUCAUCUAGCUACUAUAUUACAGGGUAUUGCGCAUACCUGGAUAGUGAUCCCUAUUACAAUGGGGGAUACUUGUAUGAAAAUGAUACAGAGGGACAGUAUAGUGUUAAUCCUUCUUAUCGAUCUUCUGCACAUUACGGGUAUGAUCACUACAGGGACGCAAGGUAUGAUGGGGACCAAUUUGUGGCUCAACACCCAUAUGCAACACUGAGGCUCCCCAGGAAGAAGCCUGCAGCAAAGACCACUGAGCAGAUCACCAAGAACAUUCAUAAGGCUAUUGUGGCUGAGCAUUUGAGGGGCUGGUAUCAGCGAGCUUCAGGUCAGAAGGACCAAACCCAUGGACUGCAAGGAAUGGUGGAAUCUGAGCGGGGUUCACAGAGGAGUCUUUGCUAUGCUUCUGUGCAAGUCCCAUCAUCUCCCAGUGUCCGCGUACCAUCUUGCUCCUCUGUGUCUUCCACGAACACCCCAGGAAGUCGGCGGGCACAUAACAGUACAAUGGCGUACCCAGAAUACAACACGGCUUCAUCUCACUCGCAGUACAGCGGCUACUCCACAGCAUACAGCAGCAUACCUCUGCCAAGCAGGAGUUUGUCGCUUAUCCUUCCCAGUUGGACGACCCAGAAAUCUUGCCUUUACCCAGCGACCCCCUGCCCAACGACCAAGACAUCCUGUGGCAUGAAGAUUCCAAACCGGGCACCUUAGUUUGA